AGUUCGAAUACUUAUGUUGCUCAACAUUCUUAUAAUUCUCCCAAGCUGUCUAGUAAAAUGGAGUCAAUGUGUCUUUCAACCUUUCAAAAUACUCAAGCUAAUCCAAUGAAAACCUCCACUACAAGUUCGGCAACUCAAGUGUCAACUGUUUUCAAAAAUGAGGUAGCCGAGUUACAAUGCGAACUGUCGAAAACACGGAAAAAACUGAAUGAGAUGAGAGAGCAACUGAUUAAAAUGGAGGAAUUGCUGCAUAUGCAUAGACUGCGUCUGUUGAAUGCAGAGCAUACAAGUACCCGUGAAAGUCCUGCAAAACUUUUCAAAUCUCGAAUUCUCAAAAAGCAUCUGAUGUCCACGACUUCUAAUGUACAUUAUUACAAAGGGAAUGACUAUAGACCUUCUGUUGGAAUUAUACUACAAAAAAUGGGAAAUCGAGUGGUGAAGAUAUUAGACAUCAAAGAUCACUCAGUUCAUAACAGACACCUGGACAAAGUGACAAUAAAUGAAGUAGGUCGUUCCAAUUAUUAUUUUAAUGAUUCCGCUAAUAAUCCUGAUUUUGUAGAUAAUUCAGAAAUAAGUCCAGAUAAUACUGAUGAAAAUAAUAUCACAGAAUCAGUUAGAAGGUCGCAGCUACUUGCAAGCAAACCGAGACAUCGUUAUAAAUACGCAAGGAGAUAUUCGACGUGUGGCGGAUGUGGUGAUUGACAAUUUCUAUCUCUGUAUUGUUUAAAUACUUACUGUUGAUUGUUAAUAUGUUUCUUAUAUGAAUUGCAUAAUAAUUCCGCUAAAUACAAAUUCCU